AUGGAUGAAUCAUCUUCCUUAGGAACUGGUCAUAAAGAAUUAAAUGCAGUGUUUGAUUUCAUUCAUGAGUUGAAAAAAUCUACAUUUCCCACCCAUUUAAAACAUAAAAAUACUGUAAUUAAAUACACAAAGAUACCCGAAUUUGACUUUGAUUCAAAAGCAACAUGGUCUCAUUACAGUUAUUCCUCAACUCCUCGAUUGCGUCGCAUUAUUACACUUGAUGAUAGGCCAUUUGAAACAACUAGGUCUCUGAAGCAGGACCUAAAAGUUCUACCUAAGAUGUCUAAUAUUUAUCCUAAAAGGAAGAUUAUAACUAUCGAAGAUGAAGAUGAUGUCAAUAAUGUCCUCAAAGUCUCUAAAGAUAUAAAAAAAUAUGCCACCACAAGAAAUUCAAGCAAAGUGAUUGGAACACAUAACAAAGAUUGUUCUCAAAGAACAACAUCAAGAAUUACUAGAGCUUCAAAAAAUGCCAAGGAAUCAAUUCAAAUGCAAAACAUACCUAAAACUCAAAAUAUAAAUAGAUUAAAUGAAAUUAAUAAACAAAAUAGUAAGCAGUUAAAUAAUAAUCUGAUGUCUGGAAGUAAUAAAAACAAAACAUUUAAAGAUAUAUCACAAAAUACUAAGAAGAAUAUCGAAAACAUUUCUAGAAUAAGUUUAAGUAAAAAUUUAAUUGUCUCGGUAGAAAGUGGAAAAGAUGCAUCUGCAAACAGAAAAAAACAAUCUAAUGAAUUUCGGAAUAGUAAUUCAAUCAAUAAGUCAUCUGUGCAAUUGCCGAUAAAGAAAUCUCAACAUCCGCAAAGUAGAUUAAAGUCGAUAAUUGAUGGUACGCAUAAAAAUAAACCAGUUACAGUAAUACAUAUACCUCAAGAUGUCAAACACCAACACGCAGAUAUGACAGACAAUAAGACAAAUAAUAAGAUAGACACAGGCACAGCAGUUGACGCUAUAAUUUUUAAAGAUACUUGUGUGGGGACUGACCCCUUGCCAAGAAAAAUUGAUCAAAUUACUGAGAUAGGUGCUGAUAUUGAAAAUUUCUGUAAGACAGUAGAUAACAUAUCACACACUCAUUUUAUUAAGGGGAAAUUUGAUAGCCUUGAUAUACCAAAAGUCAGAUUGAAAAACGAAAGAAAAGGUCUCACGAAAAAGGAAAUAGUAAAUUUUUAUAGUGCAUCUUUACCGAAUCUCGAAACUCCUAUUAUUGAUAUAUUUCCUGUUAAAGAUGAUCAAAAAACAUGUGAACGGCACUUCCAUAAAAGUUCUUCCUACAUCAUUGGACGAGCAACUCUAACAUAUAGGACUGAGCGAAAAAUUGAUUUCCAUGUUGUAGGCAAAAACGAAGAAAUACACGGCAAUUAUUCUCCUAGUUCACUAAAUUACCCUUUGAAUGUAGUGUCCGUUUUUAAGAAAGAAUUUCGAAACAGAAAAUGUAGUGACAACUCUGUUUCUAAUAAUUCUGAUGACAAAGAUAAAUCAGCCAUUGAUUCUCACCAAUCAAAUGAUCUUAAUAGGGUAAAUUGCUCUUAUGUCUCUUAUAAAAAUAAAUUGGUGAAACCAUCAGAUAUAAUCAGUACAAUUAGUGUUAACAACAACUUAUUACAACAAAGCGACUUUAUUUGCGAGCAGUUCCAGAGAGAACUCAAUUUUAUUGAUUCAUUUUUCGAGUCGUUGCAAUAUUUAGAAAGAUUGUCAGAAAAGUGUUUUAGUGAUGCAAACUUUAAUACUUGGAUUUACAACAAACAACUAGAAGUAAAUGAGUCUGAAUACAUCUCGAACAAAUCGCAGUUUGAAAACAGCACCAAUGUUGAUGAUACUGAAACAAUGGCUUCCAAGAGUCUUUGUCAGCUCAAUUUACUCAUUCACAAUGAGCAAAGGAGAGCAAGAGAUUUCUUAUUUGUAUUGAAAAUGCAGGAAGAUGUCCUAAAAGAUUAUAUUAAAUCUCAAAUGCUUUGGUUGGAAAAGAAAAAAAAGCAGGAUAAUAUUGACAUUUCGGCACUAAAGAAGAAGCAGCGCGGCGCAUUGCUUAAAUUACAGCACGAAUGCGGCGAAAUGCAAAGAAUGCGUAAAGCAUUACUUACAUUAUCUGAAAAACGAAAAGUUGCACUUAUGAAGACAAAGAAAAAUAUUGAAAUGAAAUUAAAAAACAAUGUAGAUGUAGAUCAAAUUAUAUUUGGAAAAAAGAAGCUGAAACGCAAUACAGCAGGUGAUCGUUGUUUAGUACCGCUUAAAUGCUUCGAUCUUUCUAGCAGCGGGUGUGAAGAGAGCACCACAUCGAGGAAUAAAUCGGAAAGUCCUUGUUUUAGUGCUCUCGCAGCUGACGACCAGUUGAAUUCUGUUAUAAAAAACGUAACAAGUGCUGAGAAGAGCAUACAGACAGGCGAUAGUAUUUUAGCGACAGAAUCUGAUGGUCAGUCGACUAGCACAGCAGCUGAAAAUUGUGUGGUUGUUGAUGGUGGCUACCUUAAUAUAUUGUUUCAUAAUUUAUCUCUGCCGCAAAUAUUCAGCAGUGGUAAACAAUACGAGGUAAAUGAAGAAGCAUUGAAAAACAUUGUCAAUUCAUCUAAUUCGCAAAACAGCAUAUCGAGUGAUAGAGAUGUAAUUGAAAAGUUCAUGGAUCAAAUUAAGAAUCAUGAUACAGAUGAAUCAUCAACGCCAUCCACCGCUCAUAGUCUAGUCGAAGAAUUUGAUCAGUAUUACAAAAGUCUAGGUGAAGAGGACAAAUUGCUAACAAACACACCUGAGUGUGAAAAUGUUGAUUGUGAGAAAAAAGACUGUGAAGUGCAAUCAGAAGUGAACAAUGACAGUUGUGAGCAUAAUAGUGUGUCAAUGAUAUCAAUGGAUAGCGAUGAAAGUAUGUUGAAAAGAUUAACUAAUGUGUAUGGAAUCGACCGUUCGUGUGAUUGUGAGCCUUCUGUGACUUCAGUUGAAAUUCAGACUGUUGGCAAAGAGGCGUCGGGUGCUAGUGUGGCUGGUCCUCUUCCAGUACCCGCUGGUGCAGCUGCUCCAGUCGAUACGCAGCCUCCAGAUGUACAUGUUUGGAUCCCAUCGCAGGCAUCUAACGACAAUCCAGAAAAUACUACAAGUGAUCAAGUGUUUUCUUUAAACAUAGCACCAAUACCUUAUGCAUCACCGGUACACUACGAAGCAGAGGAGCUUCGACGUCAGCAGUUAGCAAUUGAAAGAGAGAUCAAAGCUUUAGAGCAGCAACAGUGUCAACUGCUCGUGGUGCGAGAAAUUCCUGACAAACCACCGCCUCCUUACACACCCCCGUCUGAAUCGCGAACGUCGAAACUUCCCCGUAUGUUCCUAGCAGACAGCACAACGGAAGAAAAGAUACAGAAGCAUUUUAUCGAUUUAGCGAACGAUAUAUUUGAUAUUAAUGAUCCUUUCGAUGCAUUUGUCAAAGAUUUUUGUCAAGAGAAUAUGGAGAGGCAAAGAUCGGUAAUAAGUGACAAACCAUGGGAUGCCUGUAAUUUGCUACCUCAGAGGCCGCAGCCCGAUACAGGGCAGAUGGUAAACAAAACAUAUACCGAACUUAAAGAAGUGCUGUCUGGUGUAAGACCUACUUACAUAUCUGGCGUCGGGUCCAGACGAUCUGAUCAUAUAGAUGACAUACUCUUCGCCGAAUGGCGGCGUUGUGAGCCUGAGUGGACGUCUCUUCACACAGAUGAAGCCGUUGUCAAAAACCAGCUCUUUGAGAGCAUCUUCCAGAAGAUACUUAUAGACACAGUGGAUGAAUACAAAAAAGUUGUGUGUUGUGAAAAAAGUAGUAAAGACAAAUGA